GGGCCUGGGAGAGCCUCGUCCCGUCACAACAGAGGGGCGGUAUCACUUUAAAGUGUGUGUACAUAAAGCAUAGUGACAGCGCUGCAGGGACCCACUGGGCGCUGGAGAUCUUAGUUUACUCUUGUUACGCAACAAACCCAUUCAGACAUGGGGAUACACAAUUCCAAGCCUCAGAAACAGGCGCAGGUCCUGAUGCUGGGACUGGAUGAAUCGGGAAAAAGCACACUCCUUUACAAGCUCAAAUACAAUGAGAGUGUGGUGACCGUGCCCACGGUGGGCUUUAAUGUGGAGACGCUGGAAACGGACCGGAGCAGCCCGAGUCUCACCGUCUGGGAUGUGGGGGGUCAGAGGAAGAUGAGGCCUCACUGGAAGUAUCACUACGCCGAUACAGCCGGAUUGGUCUUUGUGGUGGACAGUGCGGACUACAGGAGGCUGGAUGAGGCCCGCAAGGAACUGCAUCGGGUCCUGAAGUAUGAAACCCUGAGAGGAGUACCUCUGGUUGUACUAGCAAACAAACAGGAUCUUCACAGAGCUCUAAGCCCCGAGGUGGUCUGCCAGAGACUGGACCUGAGGCAGGCGUGUGAGGGCAGCAGGGCCUGGUUCAUCCAGCCCUGCUCGGGCAUCACAGGUACGGGGCUGGAGCAAGGUUUCAGGAGGAUAGUUUAUCUGAUGAAGACCCCAUUGAGACAGACACAAGAGGACAUACAGGUCAAGAUGAAGUCAAAGGGGUUCAGUAUUGCUGCCUUGAUCUGUGGCUGAUGGUUCUUGGAGAUUUUGGUCUAAGGAUUCAUUUCACGUCAUACUUUGUGUUCAAUUCACUUCCGUCUUUCUGAGCUGUAUGCUCAAUUAAAAAAGAUGUCAACAUGGAUCAUCUUGACAUGGUGCAAAAAAGACUUUUUGAUGGUUUUUCAUUUUAACAUUCCUCUAUGUCAACUUUGUGUAACAUUCAGAUCUUUGAUUUGAAUCCCAGUAGAGUGAAGUGGAUUUGGAAUCGCUGUACAUUUUCAACAUUCAACACUGAAUUCAUAUUGCUGCUGAUUAUUUAUUAUUUAGUUUGUAAUAUUCUGGAAUUUAAUUACGAAAAUAUUUAUUUGUGUUUUAUUCAGAAAUAAAAUGUC